AUGACACCUCCAGAAUUAUCAUCUGGCGCUGAAACAGUAUUGCCAACUAUUGCCAGCAUGAAUUUGUCAAUGCCAGAACGACAAUGUAUUUGUGAGACUUGGGAGAAAGCAUCAUCUCAAGCGGAUAUCGGUUGCGAACUUGUUGCGAGGUUACUAAACGACAACCGGACCCGAUUUCGAGCACUGCUAGAAAGUAAAGCAGGAAACUUUUUGGGAAGUGGCACAUACACAACAGAUGAUGUCAACCGAAUGAAGAGGGCUCGAGCGGUCGCCGACGGCGUAUAUUCGUUCUUUAACAAGGCAGUUUCGAAGCUUAUGGAUCCAGAUUUCUCGUCUGCAAUUCAAGAUCUUUCGCUUCAAUUAGGAGCAAUGCAUUUCAGAAUGAAAGUCUGGUUUCAAGCUGAAAAUUGGCUGUGCGUUAAGAAUUGCCUUCUAGAUGUUGUUGUUUCAUCACUAUUGAAGGACACAAAAGGGAAUUAUGCGAUUUGCGGUGGUUCGCGGAAAAUUCAAGUUGUUGAGAAAAGUGUCACCCAGGCGUGGUUCAAAUUUGUCCAAUUCGUUAUUCAAAAUAUGAAAAAAGGAUUUCUUGCGGAAGCCCUCAGUUCGGAUUCAAACCCAGCCAUACCAAAAACUGAAUGUCCUUCACCUUCAUCAGAUUCGAGUGCUCACAGUAGCAUCAUGCGCACUAUUCAAUUCAAGCUAAUCCACUUCAACGGUGAAUCUGUCGAGUUCAAACUCGAGUCUUCUGACGACGUCGUCGACAAAUUGGCAGCCAAACUCGCCGAAUUCGAUCUUGAAUUCGACAAUUCGGUUUAUUGGAAGAAACCGAAGAAUGGAGCAUUGGUGCCACUCAAUGAUCCGAAUCACGUUAAGAGAAUCCUGAACAAAUUCGGAGAUUCGAUGAUCACGCUGUACGCCUUUGGAGAUCAUUUGGAUUCAAGCUCAGACGAUUCAGAUGGUGACGGAGAGAAACAUCGAGGAUUCGGAAGGAAGCAUUACGACAAGUUCGGAGGACCGCACAAGUUCUGGGAGCACUUCGCCCAUCGCCGUCAUCACGGAUUCCCUGGACCACAUCACUUUGGGGGCCCAUGGGAAUUCCCAGGACAUCCUCAUCACGGACCACGCGGAUUCGAAAGAUCGUGCCGAUUCCGAGGACCAUGGAACUUCAGCGACUUCGAAGGACCACGUGGAUUACCAGGACACCACAGACCAUGGGAAUUCCCCGGUCAUCGCCACGGACCACGCGGCUUCGGCGGACCAUGCGGAAAAGGAUUCCGCGGGAUUCGCGGAUCGUUCGAAUGCUAA